CGUUUUAGCUAACGAUUUGCCAAUAAAAUUAUUAGGUUUAAAACCUGUAAAUUCUUUCGUUUGUUAAAACCUUAACACUUAACUGGGAGGAAUUUUAACCGUGGAAGACGGAGCCUGCGAGUGAGACCACCGAGUGUGGACGGACGUGGUCUGUUUUUUGGUUGUCCGGAUUUUCGGCACUGGUUUGGACCCUUUUUGAAAGGAUAAGACUGCCAAUUUUGAUUCACUCCUCUUCAACAUGAGCAAGAGAGGUAGCAAAGUGAAGGUGUUCGUUCGCACUCGCCCAACGGACAAAUUCGCUCACGAUCUGAUUGACUUUGAUCUGGGGACGAAGACGGUCAACGUCCACGCCAAGAAAGAUGCUCGCCGAGGUGUCGUCAACAACCAGAUGUUGGACUGGUCAUUCAAGAUGGAUGGAAUUCUACAUAAUGCCAGUCAAGACCAGAUGUACUCUGAAGUAGCGUCUGAUAUGGUGGCCCAAUUGCUGGAUGGUUACAAUGGUACCUUGAUGUGCUACGGGCAGACAGGAGCAGGGAAGACUUUUACCAUGACUGGAACCACUGAAAACUACAAGCAGCGUGGUGUCAUACCAAGAGCCAUUUCUCAGGUGUACAAAGAGAUUGAAGACAGAGGAGAGCAGGCAGUCAGCGUUCGCAUCUCCUACCUGGAGAUCUACAACGAGUCAAUGUUUGACCUUCUGAGUACGCUCCCAGAUGCCAGCCAAGCAUUGCCGAUGAUGACCAUCAGUGAAGAUGAGUUUGGUGUCAAUGUCAAGGGAUUGUCGCUGCAUCUUGCCCAGAACGAAGAGGAGGCCCUCAAUCUUCUCUUUGAGGGUGAGACUAACCGAGCCAUCGCAGCACAUUCCCUCAACCAGGCGUCUUCAAGAUCUCAUUGUAUAUUCACCAUCCAUGUGGAAUCACGAUCACGUACUGACUCUACAGCUAAGUACAUGAGGAGUAAAUUAAAUCUGGUAGAUCUGGCUGGAUCUGAGAGGCUUGGAAAAACCGGGUCAGAAGGUAAAACCCAGCAGGAGGCCAUGUACAUCAACAAGUCGCUGACCUUUCUGGAGCAGACCAUCAUUGCUCUGGCCGACAAGAAGAGAGAACAUGUACCAUACAGACAGACCAAACUCACCCACGCCCUUAAGGACUCACUCGGUGGUAACUGCAACACGAUUCUGGUUGCCAAUAUCUGGGGUGAAUCAGCCCAGAUUGAGGAGACUAUAUCCACGCUGCGUUUCGCUAUCCGCAUGAUGUGUAUCACUGUUGAGCCUGCCGUUAAUGAGUUUUUCGAUCCGGUAUUACUCGUCAAGAAACUCACCAAGGAGAUAAAGCAUUUGAAACAUGAGCUAAACAUGCACGAUACUCUGGCCAACAGAAGUUCAGUGAAUUACGAGCCGCUCUCCAGCGCCCAACAGCUUGAAAUCCAGAGUCAAGUUCAGCGUUACUUGGAGAGCUCCGUGGACGAGCUGGAUGUAGUCAACGUUAGACAGAUCCAGGCCGUCUUCAGCUCUUUCAAGACCAUCGUCAGUCAGAUGGAGCAAGACGUCGAGCACAAACUGAGAGGGAAGUACACCCUGAUUGACAGGACAGACCCAGAGGCCGUGGCUGCUGCCCAGAAGGCCGGUGUGGUGUUUGAUGACAACGGUGGAGGAACCUUUGUCGGGGAUGUGGACGGCCAGGGUUUCGGGCUCGGUGUGGCACCGUCGUCUGCAAAGCCAACACAUUCCUCCAUCGUGUCCGCCAAGAAAACAAAAGCGAAGAAAGGAAAAGACAGAGCAAGCCCACAGCCCGGUAAGGCCCCCCAGGGAGCAGCCAGUCCGGUACCGAGCAAUCACCCUACAGAGCAUUCCUCGCCAACCCGUCAGAUACCUCUGGAAACAAGAGAGUCUGCUGUGCGCGCAGACACAGCCUCUGCCACCGGCUCAGCAGGACCGGGGUCCGAGUUACCUCAACCCCAACGGGCGAGUACACCUCCACUCCGCACCGUGGCCUUUGAGGAGUUUAAGCACGAACGUGGCAGUGAGAUUAAUAGAAUACUCACUGAGAAUAAAGAUAUCCUGAGUAAUAAGAAGAAACAAUGCAGAGACUUGGCUAAGACGAUCAACCUGAUUAAGGAGGAGAUUGAUCAGACAAGACAAGACAUUGACAAGAUGAGAAAUGACAGAGCCGAGCACGGAGAUUUUGCCAACGAGAACGGCGAGAUGGUCAUCUCGGAAGAGGAGUUCCAAAUGAUACGUAAACUGAAGGAGCUGAAGGCUUCCUACAGGCAAGACUACGAUGAGCUACGACAGGUCAAGUCUGAAGUACAGUACUGUCAGAAGCUUGUGGAUCAAUGUAGACAGAGACUUAUCUCAGAAUUUGACACAUGGUAUUCAGACUGUUUCUUGUCUGGUGAGGAUCAACACACUAGUGCACAGGCGGGUCUAGGUGCCAGAUCAGGCACAAUCUACAAUGUUGACAUGCCUGAGGAUGAGGGUGAGAAGUUUGAGCGUCUUCAGUCGCAGCUUUUAUUGGAAAAUCCUGACUCGGUUUCCUUCUACAAUGCCAGGAUGAGGACAGACAGACGGCAAACUCUUGAGAAAGCGAUGCAGCAAGCCCAGCCAAAACAACACCAAACUCCCAACAGACGAGCAGUUGGGACACCAACCAUGACAGUACGCAACCAACCUCCCAACUUGAUGACAGUACAGAACUAAACACCAAAGGAAUCUGUACCAAAAUAUGUAUUAUGUAUGUCACAGGGCCCAAUUACGUGAAGCUGUGAAGCAGAAAAUCUUGCUUCGCAAAUGUUUAUGGUAAGCCAAAUAUGAGCCAGGCACCAGUCACAACAUUGUAAUGAUGAACUUUUGGCUGGUAACCAGUUUCUGUUAAGCACUAUUUUCAU